AUGCGCUCGUUCCGAACCACAUUCCACAAGGUGGACUGGAGGCGAGACAAAACGGUUGUCCAGAACAGGUAUGCAAGACGUGGGUCUUUUUUACGGUAUAUCCUGCGGGAUAUCUUUGACUUGGAUCGUCGUUUUGCUGCUUACAUUUUGUUCAUAUCUACUCGGAGGAGGCUAAUGAAUAUGAGCUCACUCGGUCAAGUUCGCGUCGGACACAAAGCUCCAUACUUUGAAGGGGAGGCGGUGAUCAAUGGCGUCAUUGAAGAAGUAUCACUGAAUACCUACAUCCAACCCCCCAUCAAAGGCGAAGAGCCAGACCCUUGUGCCCCAUGGCUAAUGCUCAUGUUUAUACCUGCAGCAUUCAGCUUCGUCUGUCCGUCUGAAGUUCUCGCUUUCCAGAAUUGCCUCGACGAGUUCAGGGAUCGGAAUUGCAGCGUCGUGUUUGUGUCGGUGGAUACGAAGCAUUCACUGUGGCAUUGGCAGAAUGUUCCGAGACAGUAUGGUGGGUUGGGGCACAUUGAUGUACCUUUGCUGAGUGAUGCAAAUCAUCGCAUUGCCAAGGAUUACGGUGUCUUGAUCGAAGAUGAGGGUGUCAGUCUCAGAGGCAUGUUCAUACUGGAUGGUGCGGGAAUUGUGCAACAAGUAACUCUCAACAAUCUCACCGUUGGCCGCAGUGUGUUGGAAGCCCUGCGUCUUCUCGAAGCUUUUCAAGCUGUGGCUAAACACGGUGUCUUGUGUCCAAUCGACUGGAAACCAAACCACGAUGCUGUCGAGACCUUGAGUACCAUAUCCAACACUCUGACCGAGUCGUAUGAGGAUCGUCUAGCUAUUCUGCAAAAAGAGUUUGGCAAUAUCCAGGGUAGUCGACACUCCAGCCAGAAAGACAGCGAAGAUUCGGCAAAGGAGGAAGACAUCAAGUCAUCUAGCACCCCAACAUUCACAACCAAGUCCGGCUCUUCCCCUUCAAGCCCAUCACCCCCAGCCAUAAAACAGGUUGUCUGCACUCGUGGCAUGCCACGCAGCCCGAGUUCGAAUACAAACUAUACUAGUCAACAAGAUGAAUCCCCCCGGAUAGAAAGUCCACCAGCCUUGAAGCUCCCGGGCUCAUACCCCUCGGCAAGGUCAUCAUCUUCAGCACCACCAAGUGCAAACAUCACCCCACUACACACCCCUACCAUAUCCCACGCUGCACGCCCUGCCAUGGCCAGCACCACGCGCCACUCAAGAGGUAAAGCUUCCAGCUCAAAAUCUCCAAUCAACCAAGACCUCAACACCCUCUUCCACUCUCCCACUCCCUCACUCUCCCCAGCCAUCCAUCCACAAAUCUCAUCAACCACUAACUCAUCCUCAGCCCACUCGAGCACCCCCUCCACCCCCACCGCCCACACCCCAAUAUCCCCUCCCGCCCAGCUAAGCCAAACCUACGAAAGCCGUCGAGGCAGCCACAAAGUCCAAGAAUUCGCCGACCCAACAAACAGCACACACCCCUUGCCCAGCAGCAACACCAUGCGACCCAGCAUAAGAGCCCUCGCACGCCCCAACGCACCACGCGCAUACUCGUACACCCAGACUGGCACCAAGGCUUCUGGAGUGCCAAACUACGGGCACUUGAGGACGGCGUCGGAGCCUGCGAGACAGGCGCCGCUUGGGCCUCCUUCUAUGCCUCGGGGCGGGCAGACGAGGUUGCAGGCUACGUUUGAGGCGCUGAAGGAGAUGGGUGCGGGGUUGGCGAGUCCGAGGUUGGAUUAUGGGACUCGGAAGUCGCAGCCGACGAGUGUGGGUGGGGAGACGAGGGAGGGGGGUUACUUUGAUGUUGUGACGGAGGGGGUGGAGGCGUAG